GGUUGUGUACAUGAGCAGGGUAAAGUAGAGGUCUAUACCAGAAGAAGAAUGAUGAAUGUAAAUAGAUUAGUGGUCCUUUCUAAAUCUGUUAAAAUCACAAAGCGGCUCCUCGUCUCUCAUGUGCGACCAGCUGGGAAACAAGAACUACAGAUUCAACAACAGAGAUCCAUCAGAACUCACUCCAGAAACCUCGCUUAUGCCAAAGAUUUGUUCCUGGGCCAGGUGAACAAGGCCGAGGUCUUCCCUUAUCCAGAGAUUGGAAAUGAGGAAGUGGAUGAGCUCAACCAGCUGGUCGCUCCAGUGGAAAGAUUUUUCAGCGAAGAAGUUGACUCUGCAAAGAUUGACCGAGAAGCCAGGAUCCCUCCAGAGACUCUGAAUGGGUUGAAGGAGCUCGGGCUGUUUGGAAUCAUGGUCCCUGAGGAGUACGGGGGUCUGGGACUGUCCAACACCAUGUAUGCGAGGCUGGCAGAGAUCACCUCAUUAGACGGCUCCAUCGCUGUGACUCUGGCUGCACAUCAAGCUAUCGGACUGAAGGGGAUUCUGAUUGCGGGAAAUGAGGCCCAGAAGGAGAAGUAUCUGCCCAAACUAGCCUCAGGAGAACACAUUGCAGCUUUCUGCCUCACGGAGCCUGGAAGUGGAAGUGAUGCCGCCUCCAUUCAAACUCGGGCAACCCUGUCAGAAGACGGAACACAUUACCUGAUCAACGGCUCCAAGUUUUGGAUUUCGAACGGAAACAUGGCAGAUGUUAUGACAGUGUUCGCCAGGACAGAGGUGGUUGUAGAUGGUGAGAAGAAGGAUAAGAUUACCGCAUUUAUCGUGGAGAGAGCUUUUGGCGGAGUCACCAACGGCAAGCUUGAGGACAAACUGGGCAUCCGGGGAUCCAACACUUGUGAAGUGAACUUUGACAACGUCCCAGUGCCAGUGGAGAAUGUAAUAGGAGAAGUCGGAGGUGGAUUUAAGGUGGCCAUGAACAUCCUGAACUCGGGGAGGUUCAGUAUGGGGAGUUCCUCAGCAGGAAUGAUCAAAAAACUGAUAGAAAUGACCUCUGAGUUCGCAAUGACCAGGAAGCAGUUUAACAAAAGGCUGGGCGAGUUUGGUAUGAUUCAGGAGAAGUUUGCACUGAUGGCUCUCAAUGCCUUUGUGAUGGAGAGCAUGGCGUACCUGACGGCAGGGAUGAUGGACAGACCGGGCCUUCCAGACUGUUCUCUAGAGGCCGCCAUGGUUAAGGUUUUCAGCUCAGAGGGGGGCUGGAUUUGUGUCAGUGAAGCUCUUCAGAUCCUCGGAGGUCUGGGUUAUACAAAGAACUACCCCUACGAGCGCUUCGUCAGGGACUGUCGUAUCCUGCCCAUCUUUGAGGGGACCAAUGAGAUCCUGAGGAUGUACGUCGCUCUGACUGGAAUGCAGUAUGCCGGAAAAAUAAUCACAGGAAAGAUAAAGGAGAUGAAGAAAGGAAAUAUAGGUCUGGCUAUGGGGAUGGUGGGACAGAAGCUGAGGACCUCAUUAGGGGGUUCAGUGGACCUCGGCCUGACGGGAAAAGAUGGCGUGGUUCACCCCAGCUUGGCAGAAAGUGCAAAGAAGUUGGAACUGAAUGUCAGCCUUUUUGGAUCGACAGUGGAGAGCCUGCUGUACAGAUUCGGAAAGAGCAUAGUGGAUGAACAGCUCAUGCUGAAGAGGGUAGCAGAUGUGCUGAUCAACCUCUACGCCAUGACAGCUGUCCUGUCCAGAGCCAGCCGCUCCAUCAGCAUCGGCCUCAGGAAUCACGACCACGAGGUACUUCUAGCAAACACGUUCUGCAGCGAAGCUUUCUUCAAGAACAACUACUGGAUGACUCAGUUGCAAAAACACGCUCCUGAGAACAACGAUGCCAACAUCAAGAAGAUCGCCAGGGAGGUCUUGGAGAACAGAGCCUAUGUCUGCUCUCACCCUCUUGAGAGAACAUACUGAGCUCUCCCAUGUCACUCUAACACUUUGCCUCCUCUAUUCUGAUUGGACAAUAUGAACAAGUCAUAUUAGAGAUUCUAAUUAUUUGUUUGGGCUCUUCUAUUCGGACUGACUUCAUUGAUAUUAUUCGUAUACAUUAAGAGAUUUCUUGCUUUAGUGACUUUAUUUUGUUAAACAUUGAAUCCAGAUAACAUCAGAGGUGUGAUGACUUUCUAUGAAGUUUAAUCCAAAGCACUUAAUGAGCUCACUGCUAGUUUUAUUCCUCUGAGCCUAUUUAGUGUACAUGAUCAAGUCUUUGUGGGUUCUAGCUUCUACAAUGUUCCGUGAAGGCUGGACGUCUGUUAUACGUGCCUUUGUCUCAGGUGUGUACUUUUGGAAGUUGAAGAUACUCUUCUCCUCAUCUGUCAGAGGCAGGGCGGUCCGUUUAUACAGGAAAGAGUGCUGCUUACUGAAUCCACUGUAAGAGUCGGCACAAAAAAAGAAACGAGAUCAUUGUGUAUACUGUCUGCUUAGUGUGUUUGAUCUUUUUGAAUAAAAGUGGUAAGUUAAACUGACUUGUAGUGGUACUUGCUGUACUGAGAGCUGUGUCUGGGGAUAGCAUUGCUUUUGCUGCUGAGGCUGCAGUCCGCACAGGGGCCUGGACCCAGGGCCGCACUCUUGUCUUCAACUAGUUUGUCAUCUUCAAAGUUGAUCACAGACAGUUGGGGCAAAGGCUGCAAAACAAAACACUGCUGUUGGCUACAGACUGAAGAUUAUUACUGUCUACUGACCAAGAAAAAAAACAAACAUGUGAACUCUGACCUGACACAACAAUCUCUAAACUAUACCUAUUAUAGAAAUGUAUUACAUGGCAAGCUGUAAACAAUGUGAAAGGGGUCACAGUGCAACAUAAAAUGUUUUUUAAUGAACUUACAUGUUUUAAUGGGCAUAGUAUAAUUAUUUAAAAAAUAAACUGCAACUUAUAUUUGUUUAAAUUAACAUUUUGAAAAUGAGCUAGAUUACCCCCUGCAGUUCUCUAGGUACUAUCAAUAGUGCUGUCUGAGAAAUACUGCUACAGGUGGACUAAUACUUUAGUGUCCCUUCAUAGCAAUUUGUCUUGCCUCGAAUGCACAGAAAUAUAGAUAUCCAAUUAAAUGGUAAAGCAGCUGUUAACAUUUUUGAUUUGGAGGUUAGCCCAUAUCACCUGAAAAGGUUGAUUCAUCAUCCCUGGAGCAGCCAAAAAUGUGAAUAAA